AGCGCGUCGCUAGGCUUUACGAGAGGACGCACUACGGAGGCCGAGAGGGAGAGAAAUGUGGGCGCGGGCCGUGUGGCUGGGCCUUCGAGCGUCGGCGGGCGGGCGCCGGGGCUUCCCCUCCAAGGCCGAUCCUCAGGGAAGCCGCCGGGUCACGGCCGAGCUGAUUGAGCACCUGGAGCGGCUAGCGCUUGUGGACUUCGGCAGCCAAGAGGCCGUGGCACGGCUGGAGAAAGCCAUCGCCUUCGCCGACCGGCUCCGCGCCGUGGACACGGACGGGGUGGAGCCCAUGGAGUCAGUUCUGGAGGACAGGGCAUGCAAGAAACUAUUAACGAUGAUUAGUGUUAAAGAAGAUGGGAAUGCAGAGGGAAGUGUUUUUUGUUUUUUGUUUUUUGGCUGUGUUGGGUCUUCGUUGCUGCGGGCAGUCUUUCUCUAGUUGUGGCUAGCGGGGGCUACUCUUCGUUGCGGUGCGUGGCUUAUUGUCAUGGCUUCUCUUGUUGCGGAGCACGGGCUCUAGGCACGUGGGCUUCAGUAGUUGUGGCACGCGGGCUCAGUAGUUGUGGCACACGGGCUUAAUUGCUCCGUGGCAUGUGGGAUCUUCCUGGGCCAGGGCUCAAACCCAUGUCCCCUGCAUUGGCAGGAGGAUUCUUAACCACUGCGCCAUCAGGGAAGCCUAGAGGGAAGUUUUAACUUUUCAUUUUAUACCUAGGGCCCAAAACACUAAUGCCUAAGGGGGCAGAGUAAUAACCCAAGUAGUGAAGUAGUGUAAAGAAACAGGGAGGGGUGGGUCUUUGACAAAGCAGCUUAUGAAUACUAAAAGGGUGCAGCCUCUACCCACCUCUACCAAUUGUUGCCAAAUCUUAAUACAUUUUAAAAGAAAAUGAUCUUUUUUGAAAAGCAGACUUGUUUGCUGUUUGGGACUGCAUCUUCUUAGAAAGGAUGGAUAUGUAGCCUAUAAGGAUAUGGGCAGUCUACAACUCUGUCCUAGCCUUUUUCUGAUGGAAUUUAAAAAAUAAACUCCUGGUACAGGUGGGAGAAAGAAAGCUGCCAUUAGUCAAUGCCGGUAGGGAGAGCCACACUUAUCUGUAACCAUAACCUUCAUGUAAAGUGCUUGCUAGCCUCAUGGUCUCACUCCAGUCUUUGAUUCCUUCAAAUCCUCUCUUUUAUAAUCUUGAUGCUUACGUCUAGGGAGGUUAACCAAUUUGCCCGAAGUUACAGUGUUUCAAAACAGAAAUCUGAUGUCAUUCUCCUACCCAAGCCCUUCAGGUGGCUUCCUAGUGCUCUUUAGGAUAAAAAGGAAAGCUUCACCAUAGCCUGUGGGGCAUCAUUUAACCAAGCUUCUGCCCACUUCUUCAAGACAUCGCUUUCCCAGAGCUCUCCAUUCUUUCCCCUUGUUAGAAUUCUGGGCUCUUGCCUUUACCCCCAUCUCAGCCUGUG